AUGAGCUCCAUCUCUGGUUUAGGGGAAGUUGUGGAAGAUGAAAUCAAUUCGUUUUUCGAAUCUUGUCCACCUCUGAAGAACAUGGAUAAGAUCAUAGAGAGGCUUAAUCGGUUCAUUGAGCUGAAUUCUUCACUCGCAAAUGGAAACAGAGGCGCUGCUUCUACUGAGAAUUUCGUCAAGGCUGGGUAUGCAGUGAUAUUUCUUUGUACAAGGGGAACUUGCCAGCCAUAUUGCCGGUCUCUUCCCGAUGAUCCAUUCCUUGAAUGUUUUGAGUUUUCAGAUACCACAAACAUUCAAGUUCAUACAUCACAUUUGGAAGCAGUCAAGAGUGCUGUUAUGUAUCAGCAAACUGCGAUAGCAGAAGAUCGCUUGCUAAAACUCCCAUUCUCAACCAUAUAUGAGUAUCUUCAGAUGUUGCGGUUGAUUGCAAAUGGAUUGAAAGAUGUGGGUCCAUGCUCAAUGUUCUAUCUUGCUGCUGCUGUGUCCGACUUUUAUGUGCCAUGGAAGAGCAUGACGGAGCACAAAAUAGAAUCAGGAUCUGGUCCUUUGGACAUAAGACUAGCUCAAGUCCCUAAAAUGCUUUCAGUCUUGAGAACAAACUGGUCUCCAAAGGCUUUCUGCAUUUCGUUCAAGCUUGAGACAGACUCGAAGAUUCUGAUAGACAAGGCUACAAAGGCUCUAGGGAAAUACAAAGUGCACGCUGUUGUAGCCAAUGAGCUAUCAACACGUAAGGAAGAGGUUGUGGUUGUUUCGAGCAGCGGCAAUGUUGUGGUGAGAUGUGACUCCGGUAAGCCUGAUUCUAUUGUUGAAGAUAAUCUCAUUCGUCACAUCGUUGAUCGACACUCAACAUACAUCAAAGAAUCUCACACUUGA